UCUUCACUCGACAGUGGAAAAUAUCCGACCUAAGAGGCAAAGAAUAAAAAAAGUUGUUUUCUCAAAAUUUGAGAGUCAAAAUAGGAAGAUGAAGAAGAAAGAAGGAGAAAGAGAAAAAAAGUUGAUUCCAUGAUUUACAAUGGGAUUCACACCACGUGCGUUUUAAACUGAUGUUGCACACCACUUUCAUCGCGUCACGUAUAACUUAACACGUGCGAUUCUCCGCAAGUAGUAUAUACCUAAAGAGUUUUAAAAUCCCCAUAUGUUUUCUGUAAAAAAAGAAAAAAAAAAAAAAAAGAGUUUAACUACUUCAGCAAUAUCCCCUUCCCUUUUUCUUCUGUACUCUAUGGACAUGAUCUUUGUUGAAGAGCGCAUAGGAAAACUGAAUGCGGAGAGCAAAAUACGGACUAUCGUAAUGAGAAACUUGUGUGUACGGCUAUCAUUCCAAGAAAGAAAUCUCCGCGUCCUUUUGCGGGAUUCUCGACGCAUAAAGUCCAACAAGGAAUCCGUAGCCGCGAACCUGUCCGCAAGUGUAUAGAUAUAUAUAUAUAUGUAUACUUUGAGAGGUCUAACAUAAGUCUGGUGUGGUCGUACACACCAAGCAUGAUAGAGUCAUACAUAACUCAGGACAUCCAUAAUGCAAUUCAACCAAGCACAGCAAUCGCGAUUCAAAGAUCGAGAAGGAGAGAGAAAUACUAUUUCUGCGCUUUUAUUCCACAUCGAGCGCAAUUGUUUUACUUCUUGGUAUUUGAAAAAGCGUUCAAUAAAAAUUAAGUACCAAUUAGAAAACGCAUAUAACCUUAAGGGAGUCAUGUCAUCCAAUAUGGAUUUUCAAUUGUUUGCAUGUGCUGAAAAAAUGAGCAUGGUGGAUACUCCUGCAGAAAGGAACUAUCCUCGGAUUAUCAAGACUAUUAUUUUUCUGGAGGCAAAUAUUCACAGAACUAUAAGAUUUAAAAUUGUUUUUGUCGCAGAAUAAAAAUGGCGAAACGAAAUGUAAUAUUUAUCGCAUUCCAAUGAAAUUUUUUAUUCAGCGGGUUUUAAAUUUUUUAAAUUUAAUAUCGAAUUCGUAAUCCAACCCCAAAAAUUACACAGUAAUUAAUUUCAAGUGAAACUGUUGAAUUUGUAAAAAAUAUGAACGCCUUAUUGGAUCCGUCAUUUUGAAUUUUUAAAAUCUGACCGGAUUCGUAAUCAACGAUACGAAAAACACCCAAGUAUUAUAAUUUAAUUAAUAAUUAACUUUAAUUAUUUAAAUGUUAAUUAAUUAAUUUUCUAGAGAUAUCAGCAUUUCCUUAGAUGAA